AUGAGUCUUAGCUUGCAGAGUCUCCCGGCAGAGGUGAGUGUUCUUUCGACGAAGCUCUCCCACUGGCGGUCUGCUAGACCGGAGGGUAUACUGAUCGAUACAGUCUCUGCGUCUGAACGCGCGCGAGCACAGCUUCUUUACGCAAUACAUCUUCACUCCACCUCCUCAGCUCUCCCUUACGUCUCGAGACAUCUUCAUCGCGUCUUCAGCCACUCUUCGCCGCUUCAUCGUGCGACAUAUCUGGCGCUUCGGCAUGAUCGACAUACACUUUCGCAUGCGGUCAGGUAUCCAAUCUGCACCCUUGCCGUCGUACACUCGCUUGAAAGGUUGGCUCGCGCAGUUGGGACGCGGCCCCUGCGCUGUUCGGAGCUACCCCGUCGGCUGGUCAAGCAUCUCAACCCACAGCAGACCGACCGCCCAGCUACUCUUGACGAUGACAACUUCGGUCUGAUCGCACAUCUGCUCGACCAUUAUCGCGCUUCUCCUAACUCCAAGAAUGGUUACUUCCUGGCACGUGCCGUUCUUGCUCGACAUCUUCCCCUCACCAAACUUCUACUCCACUACGGCGCGGACCCAGCUCUGAAAAACGGGUGGGCCGUGAUGGUAGCAAUCGAUAUGGGCGAUCUAGACACGGUCAAAUUGCUACUGGAUGGACCAACUCCAACAGUGGGACGCAUAGAGGCGUCUGGUCGCGGCAAGUCAUCGUCAUCUCCUACCAGGUCUGAUUCCUUGCCACCUCAGGCCGCUCUCCUAGCUCGGCACUCGAUCGGAACUACGUCUUUGCCACGCCCAAGUAAAAAGCGCUGCAAGGUAUCCCCUCGCUGUUGUGCGACAAGUGAGAUGCUAGAAGCCGCUGUCAAAGCUCAGCACUGGCACAUUGUUGAUUAUCUACGCACUCAAGGUGGGCCAUCACGUUCUUGGUCUCAAAGGAUGAGGAGCGGCACACUGACGUCUGCAAGAAGUGUUCCAGGCGCGCUGCCCAGUCUGGAUGUUCUCAAGCUAUUGUGAGAGCUUUGCAGUGCUUGUGGCCCCCGCAGAAAUCGAGUGA